AUGUCAAAUACCAUCGACCUGACGCUGGACUCGCCGCCUCGCCCAGCCAUCACGCUGCCAGUAGGAUCCUCGUCGAAUAGCACCUCCACUCAAGACCAAGGCCAGUCUACUUCGUCAUCAUCGGCAGCUGCGCCGAGUGGCAGUGGCACCGGCAGCGGCAGUGGGAGCAGUCGACGCCCAAUGCGAUCGUCAGCAUCGGAUGAUGGCUUCGAGAUCAGUCAUAUGUCAGAAGGUGCGCAACGAGCCGCCGAUGCUGCCAGAGCAGCUCGGCAAGCCCAAAUGAUGCAAACAGAGGAUUCAGUACGAUGGAGGCAAAACUUUCUGACCUCAGAGGGACGCGAGCCACGCCGACGUCCACCAACUUCUGCAGCGGGGGGUGGUGCGUCCUCCUCCUCAUCAUCAUCAUCGGCAACUAGACCUACGUCAGGGAGCGGAUUCUCUAUCACCAGCACCACCCACAACGCGCCCGGUGUACGCAUCCACGAUGGUCUGCCCCCUGGUCCGCACGCCAACAGUAGCAACGCAGCAGCAGGCCCCUCAGGCACUCGUCGUGUCGCAGUAGACAUGAUGAUCAACGGCGGGGUUCAUCGAGUCUAUGUCCCCGAGGAUCAGAUGCCUGGUCGUCGUGGUGCCAACAGCGCUGCCGGAAGAGUAGCCGCGGCAGCAGCAGCUCCCCAACAAGCCGCCUCGGGCUACUCAAUGGGCGGCGUCCUCGCCAAUCUUUCCCAUCUUGCCACUAGAGUAGAAGGCGUUGCGACCCACAUGGCUGCUCACGCUGGCUUUGGAGGCGGGGCAGCUGCUCGAGGAUUGCCUCGACGAGGGGCAUUAGCUGGAGUCGCGCGAGGAAGGGGAGGAGGAAGAGGAGGUGGCGGAGGUCGAGGAGGCGCAAGGGCAAGUGGGGGUUGGAACCCUUCUGCGGCCAUGAGGAAAGAGCUCGAGAAGGUGAUCCCCGCCAAACAUGAUCCCAAGAUGGUACUCAACCACACCAGCCAUACGCCAAAGGGCAACGGCCCAGUCGACCUCACGGAUAGCAACCCCAGCAAAGCAAAUAAGAAGACCUUCUCUUUCGGCAUUGUGGAACCACCCCUCGACGUGGAAACAUUCGAGCAGGACCCUCGUAUCAUUCGCGGCCCUCUCCCUGACACGAGUCCCAUUUGCGCCGGAUGCGAUUGUGCGCUUGUCCUUGGCGGCAGUGGACCAAGGAGGAUCUGGGCGUUGCCCUGUGGCCACGUCAUCGACGGGCGCUGCUAUGAGAGGUACGCGAAUGGCAUCACCCCGGCCAGGGCGAGAGACAUGGCACGCGAGGAGGUGGAGAAGGCGAGGAGAGAUGAGGCUGUCGUUCUCAAGGAAGACGGGGAGGAGGAUAGCAAAGCGUCGAUCAUCCCCCUGGGUGUGGACGCAGAUAGUAGUAUGGAGGGAAGCAGCAGCAGCAGCAGCAGCGGCAGCCACAGUCGCCUGCGCGUCAAGCGUCCCCGAGAAGAUGACGAUGGCGAAGGUUUCGAGAGGGACGAGCCUCACAAGGCCUUGAAGCCAGACGAGGGCAGUUCUGCUACACACAGCGUGAGGAACUCGCCCAGCGACAAAGGCAAAGGCCGCGCCAUCAGCUCGGAUGGAGACGUAUCCGCCGGAGGAGACACCGCCACACACGCCACUCUUACCGACGCCCCUUCUCACCAGCGCGGCGCAAAUGGCAUCAAGAUCGACGCAGAAGAAGAAUACGCCGCCGCCGCCCCUGUUGACAGCGAGACGGAAGACGAGCAAUCAGUCUCUCACUCAACAGUGGGCGCCAUCAGGGGAAGGGGGCGAGCAAGGGGUGGGAGUAGAAGCAGGCCCGGGGGUCGCACCGCAAGUGGCGCCGCAUCGCUUGCGACGUCUCCCCGCGGCGCGAGCAAGACGAAGAAAGCCUCAGUGGCCGGAGCGACAACAACAGCAGCAGCAGCAACAGAGAAGCCCUGCAAGCGUGUCAAGACGUUCGUAUGCCCUGUCGAAGGGUGCAACCAGCGCGUGGCUACACAGCAGGGGAGGGCGGCAAGCGGUGUGGAGCUGUACGUUUGA